AUGGCGUCGGAGCACUACUCCGGGGAUGUUCCAGUGGAGAGGGGGUACAUCCCCCUGGACAUAGACAAUGUCCACAUGCUCCUGCAAGUGGAGCAAGAGCAGAUCCAGAAGAGGACCUUCACCAACUGGGUCAACUCUCAGCUAGUAAAGAGGAAGCCACCAUGUAUGAUUCGGGACCUAUUCAGCGAUUUCAGAGAUGGCUCCAAGCUGCUGGACCUGCUGGAGGUGAUGAGCGGCCAGCACAUGAAAAGGGAAAAAGGCAGAGGGAUGUUUCAGCACAGGAGCAACAUUGAGACGGCCCUGUCGUUUCUAAGGACGAAAUCGAUCAGACUAGUCAACAUAAACAUUCCCGACAUUAUUGAUGGUAAACCCUCCAUCAUCCUCGGUCUGAUAUGGACCAUCAUUCUACAGUAUCAUAUCGAGGAGCUGGCCAGCAGCCUCUCCUUCAACUCCCGUCAGUCCUCCAUGGAGUCCCUGGCCAGCCUGGACUCCCGCUCCACCCUGUCCAGCCUCUCACCCAGCAGCAGCCCGGUGCCCCCCCGAGGCUCCCCGCUACACAACCGCUUCCGGGUCUCGGCCAAGAAGGCCCUCCUGCUGUGGGUCAGGGAGCAGUGCCACAAAGCUGGCUGUACCUUGAAUGUGAAAGACUUUAAAACCAGCUGGAAGAGUGGCGUCGUUUUCCUGGCUAUUCUCUAUGCCCUCCGACCCGACCUGGUGGAUCUGUCCAAGGCCAGAACCAGAAGCAACAGGCAGAACCUGGAGGAAGCGUUUCGGACUGCAGAGAGAGAACUACGGAUCCCCAGACUGCUGGAGCCUGAUGAUGUGGACGUCCGCGACCCUGAUGAGAAGUCCAUCAUGACUUACGUGGCUCAGUUUCUCCAGUACUCCAGAGACCUGCCAGAGCCCGAGGAAGAAAUGCAGACACAAUAUUUGACUCCACCUAAAAGUCCUUCCCCUAUCAACCUACCUGUUCACUACACUCCUGCUAUUUCUGCCUCACCGCUGCGACAGGCAACACCGAACCAGAAGGCACAGGAAGUGACGUGUUGGCUGGUUCAUGCCUACGAGGAGCUGCUGGAGGGCUGGGACUCUACAGAGGGAGAGAGCUAUGCAGAGAGAUACCACGUUUUCCAGACCUUCCUAGUCUCCUUUAAUGAGCAGCGUCGUCCCGUCAUACCAUUGUUGACGGCGAUGAGACGGACCCCGAAACUGAGCGAGGAACAACGUGCCCUCAGGGAGGCCUGGGAUGCGCUCGCUGAAAAGCUACGUGAGUUCAAGGUAGAGCUGGAUGUGAGUCUCCCGGCCCCACUGAACUCUGUGGCCCACUGGCUGAUGAGAGCCGAGGGAGCCCUGACGGAGGAAGAGGGGGAUCCUCAGGACCACGGCCGAGCUGCUGACGAAGCCCGAGAGAAACAGGAGCUCGUUAAGAUAUGUAUGGAGGAAAUGCCCCAACAGGUGAAAACCUUCCAGAUGUUUCAGAACCUGGAUGAGUAUGGAAACAUGCUGGUGCCUUCUGACAAGAUGGAAGAACUGAAGAGGAGGUUCACCGGUGUGAGAGUGGCUGCUAAAUACCACGGCAUCAAACUGGAGUACCAGGAGCAUCGCCACACAGUGCUGGAGCUGCUGGGGCAGAUCAACACCAAACUCCGCAUCUGGAAAAGAGCCUACAUUUCCCAGGAGGCUGUGCGGGUGCUGCUACAAGAAUGUUAUGAGUUAGUGAAUAAUCAGGAGUUACCCUCUCUGUUGGAAGCAGCCCUGUACAAACUGAAACAUGUCUCUGAGAAAUAUGCCAGCAAAUCUGCCCUUGCUGCAGACUGCACUCACGUCAUCCAGCAGGUGAAGGAGAUGGAGGAGGAGACUGCCGCAGCUCUGGUAGGAGUGGCCACAGUAAAGGUCACCCUUGGGAGGGUGCUGUCUGCCUGGGACUCCUACAGUGAUUGCCUCAGCUCCAUACAGGCCUGGCUGGAACAGGGCGCCGCUAUGCACACCAGUGCCCAGAGACUACAGGUGACAUCAGAGACCAUGGCUGAGUGGAGCUGUCGCCAGGCCCAUCUGAACGAGGUGGGUAACUUACUGAUGAAGGUGACAGACCCCCAAACCAGCCGGAGCCUGGCAGAGGAGCUGCGCAGGCUCAACGCGCACUGGGCCGACUUUGUCAAGAGAACCUCGUCUUCCGGUGUGAGCGAGGCCAGGGCUGAUGUCCAGUCCAGACCUCAGGACCUCCAGGGUCUGAUCAGAGAAGCCACUCUGAUCCUCAAGGAGCCCCUGGAAACCAUGUCAGGCCCUCUUCGCACCUACAGGAAGAGAAUACAGUUUUUAAUGAGGAAGCUAAAGGAGGUGGAUGUGGAUGCUCUGUCCCCCUCCUCAGAAUGCUCCCCAGAGCAGUUACAGAAACUGAAGCUGGCCUUACCUGAGGUGAUGCAGACACUGUUUGAGGCGGAGCAGGUGUGUGCAGAGCUGCAGCACAGUGUGUCGGGGCUGGACAGCCGCCUGGCAGAGCUCCUGCACUGGGAGACAGAGGCCAGGGAGCUCUACCAGCUCCUCAGGGCAGGAGAACAGCAACCACAGAGGGGCCAGGACCCACGCGCCAGGGUUCUCAUCUCCCGUGGCCUUCAGCUGGAGGGUCAGGCUGUGAUGGAGGAGCAGGACCUACAGGUGAUGGUGAUGACAGGUCAGAAGAACUCUCCCAUCCAGUAUCUUCAUGCCUCCGCCAUGCAGGCCAGAGUAAGGGCUGCUGUGGCCCAGUCCCAGGAAGCCGUAGGUAUGCUGAGCAGCCUGGGAGCUAGGAGAGACCGAAGCAGAAGCCCCUCAGAUCAACCUCCUCCACCCAAAAUCUUCAUCCAGACUGAGGAAGUGCAGGAGGAGAAACAAGAUCACUUAUCAUUAGAUGCUCCAUCCACAGCUCAGCAGGCAAUGUCUCAACCCCAGGCAGAGUCACAAGUGUCCCACCAGAGCCAUGAACCCCAAGUACCGACGAUAGUAGUGGAGGAAUACAGAGAGGAAAAGACAAGUUCUGUACCACAGCAGUGUACCUAUUCACAAGCUAUGAAUCAGAAGGAUGAGGUCCAGGCUCAGCCACAGGUCACUGCUCAGAAGCCACCGCUGGCUCUUACAAAAGUGCUGGCACAGCAAGAUCAACAGCAGUGCGAAGAGCAACUUCAGAAACAGACUGAGAAACAGCAAGAACAACAGCCAAGUAAACAACAAGAGCAAAAGCAAGAACAACAAGAGUUAAUGCAGAAAGAGGAACAUCUGAAGCAACAGUUGCAACAGCAAGAACACAAACAGGAACAACAUCAAGCUCCACAGCAGGAAUCAUGCCAAAAACCAGUUAAAGAUCAAAUCAAAAAACCAGCAAACACCCAGAACCAGACUCCCCCUCAACUACCAGCUUUACAAAAGCGGCCUCUGAGUCCCCAGGAGCUUCAAAACAGAAAAGCUGAAGGCACAAAGAACCGCCCUUGGCUCCAGAGGAGGGCUUCAGAUAAGGCUGCAGCUCCAGCUCCAGAACCUGCACGGGUUCCUACACCAGCUCGGACUCCUACUAAAGCCCAGCCUUCCACUGGAGUCCAAGGUCCAAGUCUGAGGCUCAAACUUCCGCCAACCUACCGCUACAACAACAGCAGUCACAGCAGCAAAAAACACACCAGCAAAAGCAGCAGCAGCAGCAACAUCAAAUUCAACCACAAAAGCAACAACUGCAACAAGCACAUCUUCAUCCUCAGGUUCAGGCACAGCCGCAAGUGUGGUCCCAAGUCAGACCUCAGUCUCCUAUGCAACCACAUAUUCAGCCCCAGGCUCAAACACAGGCCCAGCACCAAAUCCAUGCUCAGCCUACACAUCAAUCUCAACCUCAACCCCAACUCCAGUCUCAACCCCAGACCCAGUUUACACAUCAACCUCCACCCCAACACCAACUACAAUCUCAACCCCAAACCCAACCCCAGCCAGCUCAGUCAGUGGUCCAGCAUCACACUCAUAUACCCCAGAGCCAACCGCAAGUCUGGGCUCAAGUCAGAGCCUCAACACCAAUGCAGGUCCAAUAUCCUCAUGCUCCAGUACAGCCACAGCAUUACCCCCAGGGUUAUCCCAGUGCUCAGUGUCCGCUUCAUGCCCAGGCCAUCCCACAGCAAGGAUCCCCCUUCCCCCAAACCUACUCUCAGCCCAUGGGCCAAGCAGUACCAUCUCAGGUUUCUCCAACACAGCAAGGUCAAGUUCAACAGCAGUCUUUGGUUCAGACUCAGCCGCAAGCAGUGCCGCAUCUCCAGCAGUAUUCACAGGGCCAGCUUCAGCCCCAACCUCAGCCUCAAAUGCCAGCCAAUGCAACUUCCCCAACCUCAAUCACCUCAACAACCCAAAGCUCAGUCACCUCCACAACCCAAGGCUCAGUCACCUCCACAGACCCAACCUCAAUCACCUCUGCAACCUAAAGCUCAGUCACCUCCACAAUCCAAGGCCCAGUCACUUCCACAACCCAAAUCCCAGACCCAGACCCAGUCAUUACCACAACCCAAACCCCAACAGUUCCAACAAAAGAUUCUCUACCAGCCCCACAUCAUACCUCAGUUCCCACCUGAAUCUCCAGAGCUCCGCAUCAAACCCCAAGCUCUUGCUCAGGCACCUCCCCAAGCUUACACCGAGGCCUACUCCAAGGCCCAAGCUCUGGCCCGUAAUGGAUUCGAGGAGGCCAAACACUGCCUGCAAGAACAUAUACUGGAAGCCAUCAACAUCUUCAAAGAAAAAUGUACGUCGACAGAGAAAACAUCGGUGAAAGAGGAGACUCUGAGGACUUUAGACCCAGAGCUUCUGGAGGAGUUCCUGAGAGCAGCUGAGGGCAUGGAGGCAUUCUGUACCCCCUCCCAACAGCGAGACAUGGAGUUCUUCACCCAGUCUGUCAGGACACAGUGGGAGAUUUGUUUCUCAGGGGAGGGCACUCUGGCACAGGCAGGGCAGCACCUAGAGGCCCUCAAAGAGUUGUGUGACACCCUGAGCCCAGAAGACGCCCACCGGCUGGCCCAGGCUCAGCUCAGGGAGUGCGAGAAGAGACUUGCUGCCAUCCAGCACCAGUUCAGUGGAGACAGGGACACGCCACCCCCUGAUUCUGAUUCUGGGAAACUCCAUCAGGAUACAGCCCCAGAAGAGGAGGCCACAAAAACUGGUGACAAGCCUCAAACCUCAACAGAGGCGAGCACUGUUGAGAGGAGGGAGGUUGAAGAGCAGGCCUCCGUGGAAGACGACGUGGCAAGAAAGGAGGCUGUCGAGAGAUAUGACAGUUCCAGAGAGACUUUGCGAACCCAAAUGGCUAAAAAUGAACUGAGCAUCCAGGAUGUUCCAUCAGAAUCCGUCUCUCUUAAAGGUCUUCAUACACGGUUACAGGAAAUACAGUUCUUGAGGCAGGAGACUGAGUCCCUGUGGUCGGACUAUGCAAACCAGUGCUGCCAGUGCUCCCAACUGACUGGGAAGGCUGUUCUGGAGCAGGAGAUAGUGGAGCUGCAAGAGCAGUGGCGCUGCCAACAGGUCAACCUCCAGAGGAGAGGCAGUUCUCUGGGCGCGGCCCUCAGACAGAUCGACUCCACGGAAAACCACAUGGUGGACUUCACUGACCGCCUCGGCCGCUAUCUCAGACAGCCCAAGGACAUCACUGCCUUCACACUGGCCAACACCAACAUCCUCACCGAUAUCAAGGAACUGGAUGACAGUAUUCAGAGUGAACUUGACCAACUGUCUAGACUGGACUCUGAAUCUAGUGACCUAGACCCCAGAGACCGUUCCCCUCUGUCCCGCGAGGUGGAGACCCACAGAACCAGCCUGGACCAACUCCGCCAGCAGGUACAAAAGAGCGAGGCCGCCGCCCGCGCCCUGGACCGAUUCCUCAUGUCCCUGCGCACUGUGGAGCAAGACAUCUCCGGAGUGCAGGGCUCCCCCUGUAGUGAUGCCACGAUACUGCAGGAUUGUCGCUCCAAGCUGGCUGUGAUCAGGCAGAGCAUUGACAGUCUGAGAGACAAGGCUCCCCUGCUGGAUGUGCUGCUCCAAGGAGCCAGGUUGACUGUCACAAGGGAUGGAGUGCCAGCCUCCUGUCUGGACAUGGUGGCUGCCUUGGUGCGCAGGCUGGAGGAGGCUGAUAAUGGGCUGGCCAGCCAGCAGCACAGCCUCCAGAAGGAGAUGGAUACCAAGUCUCUGGGCCUGAGGAAGAGGACACUGCUUGGUGAGAUGAGGAAGCUGCAGGAUACAGCGGAGAGGCAGGGCCUGAAGGAGCCCACCAUGCCUGCUGUGCAGCAAAGGCUGCGUGCCCUGUCAGAUUUGGAGGGUCAGUUGAAGGCCCAGCGCUCAGAGCUCGAGAACCUUCGUGAGGUGGGUGGGAAGCAAGGAGGAGGAGAGAACCUCCUACAGGAGGUAGAGACUCAGUGGGAGGAGACCCAGAGAGCUGUGGCUGACAGACAGGAGCAGUGCAGUGUGCUGCUGGAACUCCUGAAAAAGUUCCAGAGCUGCCGCAGUUACCUGAGCAACACCAUGCAGAAAGCCGAGCAGACCAUCAGUGAGCAGGCAUCCUACAUGGGCAAGGAUAACCUGCAGAAGCUCAUAGCCAAGGUCCACGAUAUAAAGGAAGAGGUUGGUGGUCUCGGGGAGCGUAUGGAGGAGAUUAGAGGUGUUUGCAGACAGCUGCAGUCUCACCUUAAGAAGAUCCCAGACUGCAGCGAGACGCCAUUCGAGGCGGAAGCAGACAUGCUGGUGGACAGCUGGCUGGAUGUGACAGAGAAGACCGAUACAUACAUGGACAACCUGCAGGUAGGACUGGAGCUCUGGGAGAAGCAGCUGAUGCUGGGGGGAGAGGUGGACAGCUGGGCCGCAGCUAAACUGACCCUGUUUGCAGAGAGUCAUCAUUUCUACAGCGAGCAGCAAGUUUUAGACAUGAGGGAUGAGAUACAUGUCCAUGAGGAGAAUAUUGAGCGUUUCAACAAAAAGUCCAAAGAGAUCCAGGAGAUGCUUCAAAGCCAGGAGCCGCCGCUGGAGCUACAGGUGAUGGAGACCCAGCUUAGAAAGAGGAUGGAGCAGGUGAAGGAGCUGUUUGCUGACAGCACUGACGUUUAUGAGGAGCUGAUGGCAGUGAAGAAACGCCUCGCAGAGAAGAUUGAGGAGUGCCGGGCAGCCAUAGAGAGCAUCCAGUCUUCUGUCAGCAAGGUCACGGCCUCAGAUUCCCAGGCCGAGGCCCAGAUUCAGGACCUGUGUGAGCAGCUGGAGGUCCAGGAGGAGCAGGCGGAGGCUGUGUUGAAAGAGGUGGGCUUGGUGUCCAGUGUGGCCAGCCCUCAAGUGCUGGAGUUCCUGUCUGGAGACUGUACCAGGCUAAGGGAGGCUGUCUCCCAUACCAAGGAUAUGAUCGAGCUGAAGAGGGAAGAUGGGAGGGAGGGCCUGGUGAAAGUCAUUAAAGAUGAAAGCAAGUCAUUUGAGGACUGGUUCCAGGACUUGCAGCUGUCUGUUAAUGAGUGCUUCGAGAACCCCGAGUGCAGGACAGAUGUGGAGACAUCUCUGCAAAGGCUGACUGGUUUCUUGGCAUCCCAGGAUGGAGAGAGACGCCUGGACCAGUUAAGACAUCACCUGGAGACUGAGAAAGAGCAGGUUUCUCCUCAGGAGCUGUCUCAGCUGGCUGCCUGGCUGAAGGAGCAGCAGGAAGAGGUGGCGACAUUCAGAGCCCACUGCCUAAAUAGACAGCAACAAAUGGAGUCUGCCCUUAAUGCCUUGAACAGUCUACAGGAACAGCACAAUGACUUUCGUGAGUGGCUCCAGACGAAAGAGCAACAGUCUGUGGAAUCGGACCAAGUCAGCCAUCUUCUCAAAGACCUUCAGGAUGAGAGUGGGAGAGCUGAGGUCCUCAGUGACCUGUUGGCGUCCGUGCGGAGGCAGGGCGUGAGAGCCGAUAGCCUCCUGAAAGAUGGUGACAACCUCUUACAGCGUUACCACAACCUGGAGGCCAGGCUGCAGGAGGAGGCCAAAGCCCAGAGCGCCCUGGAAGAGGAUCGCUUUCUUACCCUUGCUCAGAGCACCGGCGACUGGCUUAGAGACUUGGAGCAAUGCCUCAAGUCCUGCAGCAGUGAGACCAUGCCGGAAGAGGUGAAGACCACAGCGCAGACCAUCCUGAGCUCCCAAACUGAGGGAGCCUUGAAGAUGAGUGAGCUGCAGAGGCAAGCCCAGAGUUUGUCUGCGCAGGAGGACCUGAAGGAGAGCAGGAGACAAAAGGUCCAACAGACAGUCAGAGACACAGAGGAGCAGUGGAGGAUGCUCCUACAGGAUUCUGAGGAGGCCCUCAGCAAGGCUGAGAGACAAGCUGUCCUAGAAGGCGACUUUCAUGCUUUCAAAAUGGAGAACGAAGGUGUCCAGUCCUGGAUUAGAGACCAGAAUCAGAACCUGCUGGCUCUGGGUAGUCACACAAAGCUUGAAGAAAAGCUACAGAUUGUACAAACUGUUCUGAGCUUCAAAUCUGAGGGAAACUCGAAAGUGACCGAGUUGAGCAGGAAAGCCCAGAGUUUAUGUGAACAUGAGGACCUGGGGGAGACCAGGGGACAGGAGGUCCAGCAGACCAUCAGAGUCACAGAGGAGCAAUGGAGGAUGCUUCUGCAGGAGACUGAAGAGGCUCUCAAAAAGACUGAGACAUUAUCUGCCCUGGAAAGGGACUUUGAUGUUUUCAAAACCCAGAAUGAAGGCGUCCAAUCCUGGAUCGAAAACCAGAAUCAGAACCUGCUGUCUAUUGGUGGUCACACACAGCUUAAAGAAAAGCUACAUCUUGCGCAGGAUCUUCUGACCUCCAAACCUGAGGGAGACUCAAAGUUGAACGAGCUAAGAAGUCUAGCUCAGAGUUUGACUGAGCAUGAGGACCUGAAGGAAAACCGGAGACAGGAGGUCCAACAGACAGUCAGAGACACAGAGGAACAGUGGAGGAUGUUCCUGCAGGAGGCUGAGGAGGCCCUCAAGAAGGCUGAGAGACAAGCGGUCCUAGAAGGAGACUUUGACACUUUCAAAAACCAAAAUGAAGAUGUCCAUUCCUGGAUCAGAGACCAGAAUCAGAACCUGCUGUCUUUGGGUAGUCACAUGCAGCUAAAAGAAAAGCUACAGAUUGUACAGACUGUUCUGGGCUCCAUACCCGAGGGAGAUUUAAAGGUAAAUGAGGUGAAGAAGCAAGGACAGAACCUCUCUGAGUAUGAGGACCUGGAGGAGAUCAGGAGACAGGAGGUCCAGCAGACAGUCAGAAACACAGAGGAGCAGUGGAGGAUGCUCCUGCAGGAUGCCAGAAAUGCAGAGGUCAGAUGUCUCUUAGAUGACUUUGAUGCACAGAGAAAGUCCAUCCAGUCCUGGAUCAGAGACAAGCAGCAGCAGCUGCAGUCCAUGGGAAGUCAAAUGGCAGCUGAGGAAAGAUGUCACAAAGCAGAGGCCAUCUUGAGCUCAAAGCCCGAGGGCGACUGUCAGGUGAACAACCUGAGAAGACGAGGCCAGAGUCUAUGUGACCUUCAGGACUUUGAGGAGAACAGAAGACUAGAAGUUCAGCAGAUGGUUCAAAACACAGAGGAGCAGUGGAAACUUGCCCUCCAAAUGGCCAAACAGACUCUGGAUGAUGCAGACGCUCAGGUCACCCUAGAGACUGAAAUGAGAGUAUGGCAGCUGAGAGAAUACGACAACCACAAGCAAGAGACUGAGCGCUGGCUCAGAGACCUCCAACAAUGCCUGGAUUCAAUGGACAGCCACACCAAGCCUGAGGAUAGGCUUCAUACUACUCAGGCCAUCUUGACCUCAAAGGCUGAGGGAGAGUCAAGGCUCCAGGAGUUGAGGACGCGAGGCCAGGCUCUUUGUGAGCACGAGGGCCUCGAGGAGAGUCGGAGACAGAUGAUCCAGCAAACAGCCAGAAACUCAGAGGAGCAGUGGAGGACGCUCCUGCAGGAGUCCAAGCAGGCGCUGGAUCAGGCUGAGAGACAGUGUGCUCUGGAAAGCCAGCUCAAAGACUUUAAAACCCAGACAGAAAGCACCAAAGCCUGGCUGAACAACCACCAGCAGCACCUCCUGUCUCUGGUUGGCCAGUCAGAUUAUGAAGGGGCAAUAAACACUGCACAGACCAUACUGAGCUUAAAGCCAGAAGGAGACUCAAAGGUGGAUGAGCUGGCGAAGCAAGGACAAAGCCUAAGGGGAAAUGAGGACCUGGAGGAAAGCAACAGACAGGAAGUCCAGCAGGAAGUCAGAGACACAGAGGAGCAGUGGAGGAUGCUCCUGCGGGACGCUGAGGAGGCACUCAAUAAGGCUCAAGUCCAGUAUUCUCUAACUAGGGAGCUUGACGCCUUCUGUGCCCAGGCGGAGAGCACCACGGCCUGGGUUCAAGAGCUGCGGCAACAGGCCGACUCGGUGGGAACUGGCACUCAAGGCAACCAGGCCCAGUUAGAGGACAGGCUGAACACAGCACAGACCGUAUUGUCCUCCAAGUCUAAAGGAGAGGGUGCUUUGCUGGAGCUGAGGAGGCGAGGGCAGAGUCUCUGGGGGAAUGUGAACCUGGAGGAAAUCAGGAGACAGGAGGUCCAGCAAACAGUAAAAGACACAGAGGAGCAGUGGAGAACCCUCCUACAGGACACCGAGGAGGUACAGAGACAGCUGAAAGGUGUUGUGGAGAACCUGGUGUCUUGUCAGCGCCAGCGAAGCCAAGUCCAGGACCGUUUGGCGGCACUCCAGAAACAAGUGGCCGGCCUGCCCCGUCUCUUUGCCUGGCCGGGCCUGGGGGACCGGAGACAGGCCGUAGAGGAGGUUCGAGCCCUCCUGGACAGCACCAGAGCCUUGGCGCCUAUCUUUUCAGCUCUCCGCACACAGGGUUUGGAGCUUUUUCAGACCACUCAGGAUCCAGCAUGGACAGACCCGGGUUGGGCUGCAAUGGAGGAAUCCAUCCCUGCUCUGCUCAAAGAGCUCACGGAGGCCGGUGCCAGCUUUGAGAUGGGCAUCCUAACUGAGCGGCAGUGUGCUCAGCUGAUAGAGCAGCAUGGAGCUGCUCAGGAUUGGCUCAGAGAGCAGGUUAAAGGACUAGGAACCUCUCCAGCAGACAGACAGGGUCUGCACAACACUGUCAACACGCUAAAGGCCUUGCUCCAGACAGUAGGCAGGGAGGAGAGGGAGAUGCGGGAGCUGGACUCAGUCAGAGACAGCCUGCUGAGCUUCUGCACCCCUGGAGGUCGAGACGCCCUAACCCUGGAGGUCAGCCACCUCCACGAGCUCCUUGCAUCCUCAGAGAGGGAGGUGAGGGAUCGUCUGGCAGACUGUGGGGCCACGUUGGAGGAGCUGGACGGGCAGCUGGCCAGGAGGGCCCAGGGGCUGAGGGAGAGAGCAGCAGCCCUGCAGUGGGAGCUCCGUUCUCUGGACCAGGCGCUCAGCUUCAGUGAACCGCAGAACAAUGUAGCCCAGCUGCAGCAGCACUGGCACAGCCUCAAGAACUGUCAGAAGUCACUAGAAGGUUUGGGUGUGAAAGUUCAUGAUUUGUACCAAGAAAUGAAGUCUGCAGCUGCCAUGGACGAGAUGCCGGCAGACGUUAUCACAGCGGUGGAAUCUCUCAGUCAGCAGCGUGACAGUCUAAGGUCCAGGCUGACUGAGCGGCAGAGUUUCUGCACGAUGAAUACAGCUCAAUACCUCACAGUCUGUCUCCAAGCUUUGCAGCAAUGGAACCAAGGCAAGCCAUCAGAGUCAUCAGAGUCCACUUCCUCUGUGCAGGUGGCAUUGGAGGAGGGUGAAAAAUUGCAUCUGAGCCUCCAAGAAGCACUUUCUUACCAACAGUUCCUGACUGACUCCCUGAAACCUGACGAAGCCAAAAGACUGGAGAAAGAGGGUUCAGAGGCACUCAGAAAGGCAGAAUCUCACACUGCCUCUCUCAGCAACAGCUUGAAGGAGCUUGAGGAGAAAAGAAAACAGAAAGGUCAAAGUCCUCAGACAUCUGAGCUCACUCCCAGUGAACCAGAAGAGAGAAAGACACCAAUAGUGGCACCACCACGAAAAAACAAGCAAUCACCUGAGAAAAAGCGAACUGCCGCUGCCCUGGAAAGCCAACAAGUUAAACCACAAGCACACAUUCCCAGCACAGAGGAAUCGAUAUCUGUUGAGGAGGUUUCAGUUAGAGCAGACACCGCAGUCCCUUCCAUGAAAACUAUGGUGGAACAAACUCAAAUUCCUCUUGAGGAGCAAAGCAAACCAGAGCCAACCAAGAGGAAAGCUAAGAUGCAGAAGUCUGUGCCAGGACCAGCUGCAGUGCAAAAUAACAUUAAGACUACAGAGGAUGCACUGGGUCAGAAGUGUUAUUUACCUACAGAUUCACUAACAGAGCUGGCUGAGCCUUUUGGUGCAGAUGAACUUAAGCCUGUGCCAUCCAGAAGAAAGUCAAAAGAUCCUGAGCUUGCCAUGAAACCUGUUAAGACUGAUCCUGUGCAGGCUGAGGGAUUCUCCAUUAGUUCAGACCAAACUGAAACUACCUUUGUCAAAGAAACUCAACAUGUACCACCAAUGAAAAAAUCAAAGAAUCCAGAACUUUCCACAACUUUAGAGCUAGUUGUUACUCAUGAAAGAGGUACUGGUAUUAAACCCGAAGUCACUAAAAAGGAAUUUGAGAGUGUAAAGACCUCCUUGACUCCAGAAUCAGUCACACAGCAGGAUAAAAAUGCUGUUCUGGAGCAAGAGCUUGUGCCAACCAGGAGAAAAUCAGAGAGUCAAGAACUUGAAAUGAAACCUGUUGAUCCAAAAGCUGCACAGACCAUUGGAGAACCUGAGAUUCUGAAGUCUUCGACUAGCCCAGAUCAAAUUGGAACUUUUGUGGAAGGACGUCCACUUGUACCAAUUAGGAGAAAAUCAGAGAGCCCAGAAAUUUCUACAACACCAGGACCAGCCAGUGCCUGUGUGCUAACUACUGAUGUUGAAGAGAAAUGCAUUAAUAAAGAACUUGAAAGGGAGAAGUCUUCUACUACUCAAGACUCAGUCACAGGACAGGUUGAAACCACUGAUGGGGGCCAAGACAAUCUUAUGCAAACCAGGAGAUAUUCGGAGAGUGUAGAUUUUUGCAGAACAUCAGAUCCAGUUGCUACUCAUGCUAAAGAUACUGAUGUGAUGCCUGAAAACAUUAAAAAAGCAACUGAAAGUCCAGAUCAUUCCAUGAGACCUGCUAAUGCAACACAUUCAGAGACUGAGAAAGAUUCUGAAUGUUUGAAGUCAUCCUCGACUCUAGAAGUUGAUAAAGAACCAGCUGUUGUUGAAAAAACAAAGCCUGUUACAACCAGAAGAAAGUCAAAGAGACCAGAAUUGAGCACAGCCACAGAAUCUGUCAUUGCUGACAGUAUAGCUGCUGAGAAUGAGCCUGAAAGUCUUGUGUCUUCCAUUCUUCCAGAGGAAGGUGUUGUCCUCUGCCAGGAAAGCCAGCAGCUCUCAGAGAAGAAAGAGACCUCAGUCAUUCUAGACACUUCUUUUGCUUUUGUGCAGACAACAGACAUAUACUCACAGACUGGCAAUGAAACUACACACAUUAUGUCUCCUUCAUCAGUCAUAGUUGAUACCACAUUUAUCCUAACACCAGGUAAAUCAGAAACUGAUACUGAACCCCCUCCCAGGUCUGAAACCAUAGAAUCCCCCAAAGCCAGUCGCAGCCAGGUACGGGAGCAAACCAUUACCCAACUGGAGGAGAAAGACCACAGUACAACAUCUAAGGCUCAAGCACCUCUGAUUCAGCAUACUGAAACACCACACAGGCCUGACUACAUAGAUGAGUUAUGGAAGGAUGUGCCUGAGACUCAAAAGCGGUAUCUGGUACUCGAUCUGAAUUUGAAUACACAAACUAAAACAGGGCAGAAUGAAAACACACCUUUUAAAACAGAAAUGGAAGACAGGACCGAAAUGGACCAGACAAGUACUCAGUGUGAGGCAAUGUCAGACAGCACAGUGUCGACUAAUGCAGAUGGUGAGUUACUGUCAGAGGUGACAGGAGUUCAGCCAAAUAAAUCGGAGGAGAGGGAAGAAAGGACAGAAGCCCUGUUUGAAUCGAAUGUGUUCACUAAAAUACCAGCAAACAAAGAAACACUUGAAGAAGCUGAAAAGGAGGAAGGGCAGCAGAAGGAUCACGAGAAAAUGGAAGAGCGUGUGAGGGAGGACGUAAAGGAGGAGCAGCAGCAGGAAGAGAUGAAGAAGAUAAGGCUCAGUUCAAAUAAGGAAUCAAAGAAAACACUACUCCCUUCUACCACAGUGCCAACUACUGACCAAGUGAAGCAAGAGAGCACUGACUUCACUCAGCAACAGCUUUGCAGCACAGACAAGCUACCACUUGCAACAAGGGAGGGAGUUCCUGCAGAGAAAGCUUCAGCUGAUGGUUCACCAGGUGAAAAAAGUGUACUGAAAGCAACACUUUUCGAGAGAAUUGAGACACCUGCUGAUAAAGCAAAAGCUGAGUCAUUGGAGUUACCAGACAGCCCCACCAUAAUGGACAUCUUCUCAGAGGUCACACUUCUUGGAGGGACUGGACCUAAUAGCCUUCUUAUUGAGGGUAAACCACAAGAUGUGUCUGAGGCUCUGGAUACAUCUGUCAGUGAUCUAGAGGUUCGUCUGAGCAGGUUGACAGCCAAGAUCCUGGCUUGCAAAAACCAACCUGCUAAGCUUAGCCUAACCACCAUGGCUGAACAGGUGGAGGAGGCUGAGGAGUGCCAAAAAGCUGCCCAAGCCCAGGUUUCAUUGUUCUCACAGACCAGCAGAGCUGAUGCUGAGAACGAAGACUCCUUGGAACAUGUGGAGGCUCAGUGGAGUGCUGCUAUGGAGGAUGCUACUGCUGUUCUCCAACAGAAAGAGACCCAGCUUCAGUUGGUGACUAAGUGUGCCAGACAGACCCAAGCAGCCAAGAAUACCCUUAAGAGAUUAACAGCUAAGCUGGAAGAUAUCAGACAAUCUCCAGAAGAGAGUAGCUGCAAGGAGGCAGAGCGACUGCAUUCCUUUUUAAGAGGGAUGGAGGAGGACAGGACAGUCCUUGGAGAACUGCUCCUGACCCACACCAAGCUUGGGCCCCAUCUGAGCCUAUCUGAGAGAGCCAUCGCACAGACCCAGCAGAGAGGCCUACAGGAGAGCUGGCAAGGCUUAGACAGAGAUGCAGAAAGGACCUUGUACAACGUCAGUACCCAUGCCAGGGAGACCAGCUGCCUUCUGUUGGAACUAUCAAGCCUUCAGGAAUAUCUUGAUACCAUUGGGAAAGACCUUAAAGCCCAAUUGUCUACUGCAAGACCAUGGACUAGUAAGAAAGCCCAGGAGUUGAUGGAGGCAAAUGCCAAGGUCGCUGCUGCCCAGCAAAAAUACUUGCACCUGCAGCAGGUUUCUGAGGCACUGGGCCACAACUCUCAGUGGGAGAAGGAAGAAAAGGAGAUGAAACAGGGGCUUCAGAAGAUUAAAGAGAAGCUUUGCCACACAGCAAAACAAAUUUCUUCAAAAACCAUAAGUAGUAGCAACCCCACCAUGGAAAAGAUUGUGAAAGUAAUGAGUGAUGCUCUUGCUUGGGCUAAGCAGACAGAGGUUGACAUUGAGGAUAGAAGGAAGAGGGUAGCUCUCCUUCCUGAGGAUGUCCACCGGCAGAUCAAAGACCUAAAGAAGCUGCAGUCAGAGGUGAUGACCAAGCAGGGUCAGCUGGAGGCACUAGUGGAAGAAAUAACAGAGCUCCUCCCACAACUCAACCAGGUUGAGGAGGUGCCAGUAGUGCGUUCUUCACUGGCUACCUUGGAAGAGCUCUCCAGCUCCACUGCUGAGAACCUUGCCAAAACUGUGAGAGAGAUGGAGUCAGGCCUGCAAACUAGAGAGAAAAUGUCAGAGCAGAUUGCUGACUUAGACUCCUGGGUUGCUGCUCAGCUGCUCAAGAAUUCGACCAGGAAGGUGGAGGGUGAUGUCCAGAGCCCUGCUGAACUAGAUCGCUUGGCUCGUCAGAUCCAGGGGACGCUUUCUGAGGUGGAGAAACAGGCUGCAGUCUGUGAGGCUCUUCUAAUGAAAAGCAGAGACAUUUCUUCUGAGCUCAGCAUUGCAGAGAACUGCCUACUGUAUGACAAGCUCAUCCACCUCCAGGAAGUUAUUAGAGGCAUCAGCAGCCAUCAGAAAGCCAACAAACAGGAGCUUGAAAAACUCAUCCAAACCCAAGACUCAUCCAGGCAAAAGUUGACUGAUGUGGAGAAAAGCCUAAGACAGAUGCUGGUAGACCUGAACAGAUGCAGGUUCCCUGUCACCAAAGAAUCUCUUCAUGCUAUAGAACCUUUCAAGUACAUGAUCCUGGAGCAUAAGAGUAAGGUGGAUCUGCUCCAGGCGUGCAUCCCCCAGGACAAGACCAAAGAAAUGCUCAAUGUCAUUUCUGAAAUUCAUGGGAAAAUGGUUGCCCUGGAUUUGAAAUCCACAAAUCACGAAAGGUACCUCAAUUUGAAACAGCGCAUAGAGGACCUCAGGAAGAAUGUGGGGGAGCAAGUCCAUCAGACCAAAGAGCAGAGCAGAAGUGUAGAGGAGAGAUACAAGAUCUGCCAGAGCUUCCUUGCCCAAUUCCCUUUGAUGAAGGGGCUAUGUGAAGAAGCUGUUGAUGAGCUACAGAGUAUCUCCACGGACCUAUAUCCCUCACAGCUGUCUGCUGAACGACAGAGACUCAAGCAGAACAUGGAGAGCCUUAACACCUGGGAGAUGGCAGUUCAAAACAACCUCAGUAUUAUUGAAUGGGGAGCACUGAAAUUGAUGGACCUUGAGUCAGAACAGAAGUCCUUGCCAGCCUUUCUCAAGGAGACCUGUUGGUGGUUACAAGAGCACUCCAUGCUGGAACCAAAGCAGGCAGCCAUCGACAAGGAGUAUCAGAGGAUUUCUUCCUUAAAAAAGAGUGUAGAAGCCAGAGUGAGAGCAUUGGAGGUUCUGGAGCAGAAAAAAGGAAAGGGAAAUGAAAAUAAAUCUCAGGAUCUCCUUAACUUGAAGAAUAUAAUCCUAAAUGAAUGUGACUCUCGAAUGGAUAAUAUUUCCAAGGCAAAGGAGUCUUUGAGGAACUACAUUUCUGCUGUCAAAUGUGUAGUUCAUUUCCUGAGGGAUGCUGAUGCUUCUGUACUGCCACAUCAUGGCUCUUUUGGAAUAUGCUCUGAAAGGCUGGAGGAGACCCAACUGGCCUUAGCUUCACUUGAACAGGACUUUCAAACACAUGUGGACUACCUCCAGAGCCAGGCUCCUGAGCACCCUUACUUCUCCUGCCGGGAUAUUGAGUGUCUCCAGGAUAACGUUCUGAGCCAUCUCCUGGUGAGGAUGUCCACCAUCCAGGCACAGGCCCAUAUCAGAUUGGAGUGUUUCAGCAGGUGUGCUGAAAAUUACAGAAAAUAUAAGACAUGCAUGGAAGAGAUCAACCAGUGUGUGACGAGCACUCAGGACAUUCUCUCACAUUGCAUCUCUCACAAAGUCACCUCUCUCACUGACUGCACCAACCAGCAAGUUCUGCUAAAGGCUUUGUCUGAAGAGGUAGAGUCCCUUUGGAGGCGUCUGGACAAGAUGCAGGAAUGGUGCCCUGAGCAGAGUUGUCGGGUAGCCAGGGAGACCACCAUGACCACUCUUUGGAAACAGGUAUCCAGGCUUCACCGCUGCACAAUGGAGCUGACCAACCUCUCCAAACAGAGGAUGGUGGAAUGGCAAAAUAUCACAAAUAGUGUGAAGAAGGCCUCCAUUGUCCUAGAGCAGAUGGAGGCUGAGCUACCUGAUGACUCCAGGGAGAAGGCUACAUCUGAUGAGCUUCAGGACCUCCUGCAGUACUGGGACCAUUAUCAGGAUCGGCUGGAUUGUGAGCACCGGGCCUUGUCCGCCCUGGAGCUGCGUAUUGCCAGAAUCCUGGGGGUCCCAGCCCACCUGGAACAGGCUCCUCCCACUCCACUUUGCCAGAAGCUGCAGGCCAUGCAAGGCCAAUACAGAGGCCUAAAGAAGAGGAGCACAGAGGCUCGGGAGGCUGCCAGGCUGGAGGUGGAGGAGAGGGAUAAGGCUCGGGAGGAGCUGCAGGGGGUCCAGGUUUGGUUGGAGGCUGCAGACAGUCUGCUGUCAGAGCUGGAGCAAUGCCCCAGUACAGAGGAGCUCCAGGAGGUCCACAGCCAGCUGUGUACCCAGAAGGCUGUUCUGCAUCGCAUCAUGGAGCGCUUGAGGAUGAAGUACACCGACAUGUAUACCCUGGUCCCUGUUGAAAUCGAGAGCUUACUACAGGAAGUCACACAGUCUCUGCAGGAAGUGGAGGAAAAGGUUGGCGAGGAGGUGGAGAGGAGUGGUCCCAUACACAGGCUCGGUGCCAAACUGUCUGAGAUUAAGGCUGGCUUGGGGUCAGUCCAGGAAAAAAUUGAAAAGAGAAGUUCCAGUGUGGCAGAAGCAGAAAGCACUCAGAAACAUGUGUGGGACGAGCUGGAUGUAUGGCACUCCCGCAUGGCGGCAUUAGAGGUGGAGGUGCAGGACUUAGAGAAGCCAGAGGAGGCACAAGUCCUCACUGAAAGACUGGCAGAGGUCCAGCAGCUCCACUCCCACCUGGCCAAGCAGGCCGAGCAGAGGACCACUCUCCUCAGCAAGAUCCAUACAUGGCUUCAACAGCACCAGGAGAUGAUUAACAGCUCCAUAAGCUGGAUGGCCGAGGCGCAGUCCUGGCUCACCGCCCCCUGCACCUACACCACUGCUAAAUGUCUGACCAGCCAUGUCAACGCACUGCAGUUGGUGUUGGAUGAUUCACAGCAGAUACGGAUCACCCUGCAGAGUUUCAGUGCGGUCCUGAAGGACAUGUCGCAGGUUUGUGACAUCACUUCCCUCCAGGAGCAGCUGACCGAGGCUGACCACCAAGUGGCCGCCAUUCAGAAGAGUUUUGUGGCUCCACUGUCUCAACUUGAGCAUGCUGCCACUGAGGUGGAGGCCAUUGAAAGUGAAGUUAGGAUUAUGGAGAAGAACAUGGCUGAGCUCAAGACUUUAUUAUCGUCUCCAGAGGCCCUCCCCAGCCCGAGAGAGGAGAGUCUGAAGGUGAUAGAGCAGAAAAUCCAGUCAAUGAGGAAGACUGUAGCAGAGAUCCAGAAGUGUAAACCAGGCCUCCGUUUACCAAAAAAUGCUGAGGAGACCCUCACUGUCUUCAGCAUAGUGGACCAGCUCCAAACCCUCCUGCUGGAACUGGAAAAGCUCAGAGGGUUCCCAGAUGUAACGUCUUUAUCCGCGGUCUCCACCGUCUCACAGCAGAGCAGCAGGGAGAAGGGCCGCGUCCAAAUUGUCCAUUUUGAGGAGGAUGUGUUGAGGAAGUCUGGAGGUACACUGAGGACCGUGGAAGAGUCCACUCCUGGACAGAGAGUCUCCUGGUCAACAGACAGGACCCAGGACGUAGAGGGCCUUUCUGCUGCCUCAGGAAUGAGCACGCCCGAAGACCCCUCCAAACACCAGAGCACAGUCACGACACAGUGCCUGCCUGACAGCAUGGAGCUCAUGAUGGGACAGAGGGUGCUUGCAUGGAAGGGGGAUGACAGCGGCUCAGAGGAGCUGAAGACACACACGGCAGACACACACUCGCAGUGCACACCUUCUCAACACACACACACCACAGGCUCAUACACAUCUGGCGAGCUCACACGAGGGGAAUCGGUUGUUGUGAAAGAUGUCCAGACCUCUGUUGUUGCUGAUGCAAACGGUGGUGUCGGGUCAGUGGAGACAUCUGACCGCCUGGUUCCCCUGGAUUAUCCAUCUUCCGGAAAGGCUCUGUUAGCACCAGAGAAGAAGCCCACAGACCCACGUUUUCCACCCAGCUCAGAGAAAACGCAGGCUGGGCUGCAUUUGACACAGACUCAACCUGUAGAGUCAGUAGCUGCUGCACCCACCGAAUCAACCAUACACAUGCAUACACCCUGUUGGCUCAAAAGCACAGCCCAGCCUGUGCCAGCAGGAGUCCUCACCUCACAACCACCCACCACCACAUACAGCACCCGUCAGAGCACAGUCGGACCCCUGCAUCGGGACGGCGCGGAGGGCUUGCAUCCUGCUGCAGCCCUGGCCCUGGUGGAACCGAAGGCAGCAGGGUCUGAGUCUGGGCCCUGUCCCAGGGAGUGCUUGCUUCAUGUCUGCCUGCAGCAGGCCAACCAGCUGGAGCUUUGGCUGCACACAGCCCAGAGAAGCGCGGGAGCUCCACCGAGCUCGGCCGGCUCAUACUCAGAUCCCGUCAGCAUGCAGCACAGUGUAGAGCAGCAACUCCUCACCUGCCAGGAGAUGUUCCUGGAGAUAGAGCAGAAGGUGGCCAGCCUUACGGCCCCAGGUCAGGCCCACCAGCAGAACCAGGGGGAUGUGGGAGCGGAUCAUUCCCACCAGGAGGCAGCAGAGCUCCUGGCCACCAAGUUGAAGCGCCUCAAAACCAGCCUGGUCUCCUUUCAGCUGCAGCUACAGGAGAAGCAUGUUGACUCACAAGUUUGUUCCCAGAGAGAGCGCCCCGUGCAGGCUAAGUUGCAGCGCAGUGCCAGUAUCCAAGAGAUGUUCUCCUCACCAAGAAACAAACUCCUCAGACAGAGCAGUGUGCAACAGCAGAAGGAGUUGGAGCAGGAGUUGAGUGAGCAGAGGGGUCUGACGCAGGCCAUCGCCAGACAGGGCAGCAGGGUACGACUACACAGCCAGGACUCAGAGGACCACAGCCAGCUGUCACCACAGUUGUUUCCGGUUGAGGGCGAUGCUGCGUCUGCUCAGAGAAAGUGGGAGCACCUUCAUAGUCGUGUACUGGCCCUGGAGGAGAGUUCACUGCACAGUCCCACAGAGGUGACCGACUCAUCUGCAAGUCCAAAUGGUGCAACAGGGAGCUGCAUGGUGAACACGCACAUCCUGAAAGAGCUCCAAACCCACAUUGGCAGUCUGAGAGAGUUAGGCCACCAUGCUGAGGAGGCCGUGAAUCAGGCGAUCGCUGUGGAUGGCUCCCACUGGAAACUGGACGAGGGUCUGUGUGAUGUGCUGUGUGGGGUGUCCCUGUCCCUCUCCUCCCUCAACAACCUGCUGAAAUCCCCACCUGGUGGAUCACAUGAAGAAGACCUGAGGGUCUGCUUGCUGCAGCUGCAGAGUCUUUCACCAGAGCUGGCCACCCUGGGCAAUGAACUGGUCUCACAGGGGUCAAAGGUCAAUAGUGUCCAGGGUUCAGAGUCAGGUCAGCGAUGUAUGGAUGACCUGUGCAGAGUCCUCCGUUUGGUCCAGGCUAGUCUUGCCAACAGGCAGAAACAUCUAGAAACCCUGCUGGAGGAGACUGCACAAUAUCAAGUUUUGGUUCAGGGAGAGGAAGCUCUCCAGCAACGGGCAAAAGAGGUCAGCUGUCUGCUGGAGCAGGUGGACACACAGCGUCUGCCUUUUUCUCUCAUCCACCAGGCCACUCAGCUACAGGAUGUGUUGGAGAGUGCCCUCGGCGGUGUGCAGUCCCACUGUGAGGAGCUGAGGAGCAGUGUGGAGCUGCAGAAGCACUAUGAGAGACUGGUCCACAGCAUGGAGGAGCUGGCUGCUCCAGGGUCAGAGGGCAACUCACUACAUCAUGGCAUGGAGUAUCACAGCAGAGCUCAGCUACAGCACCAACUUAGCACUCACACGAAGUCCAUCCAGUUCCUGGUCAGCCAUCUCAGUAACCUGCAGUACCUGAUUCAGAGGGUACCAGAGCCCGCCCUCCAUAGGUUGGAGGCUGCAGUAAUGGCUCUACAGGACCAGGUAGCCCGGUUGCAGCAGCAAGGUCUGGAGAAAGGCACCAGGUUGCAGACAACCUUACUGCUGUGGUCGCUGUGGGAAGAAGACAGCACCUGGUUGGACACCCAACUGACAGACUGGGAGACUUUAUUUCCCAAGCUGCAUCUGGAGAAAGACACUGCAGAGGAGAUAUCAGAAAAACUCUCUAUCUACCAGAAGAUGAGCACAGUUCUGGAACGGAGCAGGGCCCGGUUCAGACGGAUGUUGGAGGCAGGGCUGGAGUUGCGGGGGGCUGGCUGUAGUGAAGUGGGCCUGGUCACACGUGGGCUUGAGGCUCGAUGGACUACCUUUCGCAGACGGGUGGAGCGUGUAUCUGUCAGUACAGACAGGAACAGCAAACUGAAGACCAGGUUUGCCAGUGAUUGUUCAGCACUGGUUGAGUGGAUGGGCAGGACAAGAGAGCAGAUUGACAGGUGGAGUCGACUCACUCCCCCAACCAUUGAGGAGACGGAGGUUGAACUAAGCCGUGACCAAUACCAACAGUUUUUGGUGAAAGGGCUCAUCGUGCUGGGCAGUGCUAACAUUGGCGUUAGUGGCUGGUUGUUGAGGCCCAGUGACCCCUCCGCUGCUGAGAUAGUAGCUGCUGUAGUCUCUGCUGAAGUGUCCAGCGUUGAUUCAUUUUCGACUGUGGUGGUGCUGUUAGCUGUGGUUUUGGCCUUGUGCUCAGAGUUCUCCAAAGACUUGGAGGCCAGAGCAGACCUGAAGGCCUCUGUGGUGAGUAUAGGCACCCAGCUGCUGGAGCUUAUAAAUGCAGAGAGAGACUCGGUGGAAGAUUUGAGGGAGGAAGCGAGCCGUUGCUCUCAGGCUGCAGACCCACUUCCCUCCAUCCAGACCCAGCUCAGUCAGAUGGAGAUAAACUGGACUGGCCUUCUGGCACACAUACCUGCAGUCCGGCACAGUCUGCAUCAGGUGAGUCGGUGGGUAGAAAAACUGACCCAGCAGGGUGCCCUGGCAGAGCUGCAAGCCUGGCUGGAUGGUGCUGAGGUCAGACUCGGGGAGAAGCAUCCUGGGCAAACCUUCUCCGUAAGCGCUGAUCUCGCCCAGGUCCUAGCUUGUUAUAAGGAGUGUCGGACUGAGAUGUCUGCACUCCAGGCUAUGGUGGAUCACGUCAACCAGACAGUUGUGCCAUCAGGCUGCACUCAGGAGCACCAGAGGGGGCGCUGUGACUGCAUUUUUUUCGCAGAGGAGCAGGGCAAUCUCAACCAUCGCUGGCUCACUUUGAGAGGAACCCUCAACUGUCUGAUUCAGGGAGCGGAAGACGAGUUGAGGGUCCGAGCGAACAGAGAGGUCAGACUGCAGCAGGUCGGCGGCUGGCUCAGUGUUCAGAGAGACUGGCUCACUUCAGCUCUCACACCCACCAGCCAGUCAGACAUGCAGACAGGCAUUCACACCUGCAAGGAUCUAGAGGAGAAGAUCAGACACAAAUCUGCUCUUCUUCAGACGUUUAGAAGUGAAGACGGUGGCUGUGAUUUUAUCUGUAAGGCAAACAGUGCCAUUGAGGCCUGCAGUGCUCUCGCUAGCCAGACUGUAUCUAUUAAGCAGAGGCUGACUCGGGUCCAGGAACUGUGGGACUGUCUGGAGAAGAAACUGAGACAGAUGAGCACAAAGACAGUUAGGACGUCCUUGACUCUGGAUUACCAUUGUAACCCUCAGCUCCAGCUACAAGGACAGCAGGCUCUCCACCUCAGACUACAGCAGCUCCUACGUAAGGAGACAGAUGGUGCAGUGGCAGAGUGGGAUGGACUCAGACAAACUCUCGCCUCGCUCCGAGAUGUGAUCAGCCCUGAUGCCGCUGCCCUGCUCGCUGGGCAGGUAGACAGAGAGGAGGCAAGGUGGACAGAGGUGAGUCGAGCCUUGGACCACCACCUCCAGAGGAGUCAGACCCUGCUGCAGGCGUGGGAGGUCUACGCUUGUCUGGUGGGGUCUUUCUCCAGACGUUUGAAGGCCCAUGAGGAAGAGGUCACCGUUCUGCUGAGUGGGACGCCUGGACAAGAUAACACUGUAGAGCUGGUCACUGCCAAGAUACAGGCUGUUCAUUGUCUCCAGGCGAAAAUGGACAGUUUGCAAACUGAUCUGGAGGGGGUGCUAGAGGCCUCCAAGGGCUUGAUUCACCACCUGGAACCCACAGCAGUUUCUCUCGUGGGAUCAGAGAGUCGACUGCUGUCACGCGACAUCCUCCGGCUCAGCCAGAAACUAGCAAGGAAGCUGGGACAGCUACAGGAGGAGCUCGAGCAGCUCCAGGAGUUUGACAGUGUCUUGGAAUCACUUGAGAAACACCUGAAGGGUUGGCAGGACAGGCUGCAACAUGGGGCUGACCUGACAUGCGGGGACAUAUCUCAGUCUGGCCUUCUGGAGCCAAGCGGCCUGUCUGCUGACCUAAAUGUGUUGAAUGAACUGAGCUACCGGCUGUCGCUGGGGGACGCUGAGGCACACAGGCUGCAGAGCCUCAACCGCGGCUGGGCCGACACCUCCGCCAAAGCUGUGGAGACCUGCAGUGAGUUACAGAUGGAGACGCUGAGGCUUCAGAGUUUUGAGAGGAAGUGUGAGAGCUGGAUGUCUUUCCUUCAGAGGAUGGAGGACAGUCUCGCUGUAGACUUGCCUGGUACAUACACUGGCCUUAGAGAGCAGCUAUGCAUACACCAGAGGUUCCAAGCAGAGCUGUCUAUCGGUCACCAGAUUCUUCAUUUUGUCAUCACUGAGGCUCUCCAUCUACUGCAGAAAGGAGAAGUGGAGGACAGGAGUGACUUCAUCCUCAAACUGGCACAACUCCGAGAGCACUGGCAGGGAGCCGUGCAGCGGGCAGCUCAACGGCGCUCCCUGGUCGAGGGUUUGGUUAAGCACUGGCAACUGUACAGCGGCAGCCUGAGGAAGCUACAGAGGUUCCUGUCGGACACCCAGGCCCUCCUGCCUCCUGCCGGACCACCACGCUGCACCCUGCAACAACUCAGACGCUCCCUUCAGGACCUUCAGCACACGGAGCUGCUCUUCCAGCGGUACCAGUGCAGUUAUAUCCAUACUCUGGAGAUAGGCCGGCAGCUCUUCUCCAUGGGGGAUGAGGAGACGCAGUCCCAGCUGCAGACGGAGCUGGGCACCCUGCAGGAGGAGUGGGACAGCCUCCACUGCCUGUUGGGAAGGAGGAUGGACCUCACCGAAGCUAUUGUCAAGAACUGGGAACGCUGCGAGGCCAAACUAGCCGACAGUGUGUUACAGCUGAAAGACGUGAAGACGAGACUAAACCAGUCAAUGCCAGAAUGUGUUGAUGAUCUGCCGUGUGCUGAGCAGUUCAAUAAGGAGAACGAGGACUCCCUGGAGGACUGGGCUGAGAGCCUGACAGAGCUGGCCACCAUGAAGACGGACCUGUCCCAGUACAUCAUCGCUGAUGAUGUCCUGCUCCUCCAGGAGCAAGUGGAGCAUCUCAGCUGCCAAUGGGAGGAACUCUGCCUAAAGGUGUCACUGCGUAAACAGGAGAUUGCAGACCGUCUGAACGCUUGGAUCAUCUUCAAUGAGAAGAACAAGGAGCUCUGUGAAUGGUUGACCCAGAUGGAAAACAAGGUGGCUCACAACUCUGACCUCAGCAUCGAGGAGAUGGUGGAGAAACUGAAGAAGGACUGUAUGGAGGAGAUCAACCUGUUCAGUGAAAACAAGACCCACCUGAAGCAGCUCGGGGAGCAGCUCAUCACCGCCAGCAACAAGACCAAGGAGACCGAGAUCAACGACAAGCUGAAGGACGUCAACGACCGCUGGCAACACCUGUUUGAUCACAUAGAGACCAGGGUGAGGAAGCUGAAGGAGACUCUGGUAACCGUGCAGCAGCUCGAUAAGAACAUGAGCAACCUGCGGACGUGGCUUUCUCGGAUCGAGGUGGAGCUGGCCAAACCCGUAGUCUACAACAUCUGCCACAGUGAUGAGAUACAGAGGAAGCUGGCUGAGCAGCAGGACCUGCAGCGGGACAUCGAGCAGCAUACAGAAGGUGUGGCGUCGGUCCUUACCCUGUGCGACGUGUUGCUCCAUGAUGCCGACGCUUGUGGCAGCGACUCAGAGAACGACUCAAUCCAGCAGACCACCCGCAGCCUGGACCGGCGCUGGAGAAACAUCUGUGCCAUGUCCAUGGAGAGGAGGAUGAGAAUUGAGGAGACUUGGCGUCUCUGGUGUAAGUUCCUGGACGACUACUCUCGCUUUGAGGAAUGGCUGAAGACAGCAGAGGUCACCGCAGCCAACCCCGAGUCUGCUGACGUCCCCUACACCAGCGCCAAGGAGGAGCUCAAGAAGUUCGAGGCCUUCCAGAGACAGGUCCACGAGCGUCUAACUCAGUUGGAACUGGUCAACAAACAGUACCGACGUCUGGCCCGGGAGAACCGAACAGACGCUGCCAGCAAGCUCAAGGUCAUGGUCCACGAGGGGAAUCAGCGCUGGGACAGCCUGCAGAAGAGGGUGGCCGCCAUUCUCCGCAGACUCAAGCACUUUACCUCCCAGAGAGAGGACUUCGAGGGCACGCGGGAGGGCAUCCUGGUGUGGUUGACGGAGAUGGACCUUCAGCUUACCAAUGUGGAGCACUUCUCAGAGAGUGAUAUUGAGGACAAGAUGAGGCAGCUGAAUGGUUUCAAGCAGGAGAUCACCCUAAACACCAACAAGAUCGACGCACUAAUUGUGUUUGGGGAGAACCUUAUCCAAAAGAGUGCUCCUCUGGACGCUGUGCUAAUUGAGGAUGAGCUGGAGGAGCUCCACUCCUACUGCCAGGAGGUGUUUGGAAGGGUUGCUCGCUUCCACCACCGCCUUGUGAACAGACGCCCGGUUCUGGAAGAGGAGAGAGAGACGUCAGACCGGGACACAGACUUGGAUGGCUCACCGGACCUGACCAGCCAGACCUCUUGGAGUCAGACUGAGAAGGAAGAGGAGGUGGAUGGAAAGGUGGGUGGUGGCAUGAUGGGACGGCAGGCCAUGUGUCACCUCCUGGCUCCCCCCCAGGAGCGAUCCGGCCGGGAGACCCCAGUUAGCGUGGACUCCAUCCCUCUGGAGUGGGACCACACAGUCGACGUGGGAGGGUCUUCAUCACACGAGGAUGAUGAGGAUGCCACCUUCUUCAGCGCUCUGUCGGAUGUAGGGGUCACAGACAGCUCAGAGUCCUUUGUUAAGGCGACUGUCAAGGCACUGAAAGCAGCCUCUGUUAAAUCAGUGACAGACCCGCCGAGUUGGCACCAGCCUGGCACCCUGGAGAGAAAACACAUUCCCAGAGACAUCAUUCAAGGCCUGGGAUCCUCUCCAACACAAACCACCAGUACACCCUUCCAUCAGCAGGGCUAUGUCAAGUUGAUGUCAGAGUGCAGCAGCAGCAUCAACAGCGUGAAGCGAGUCAAGCUGAUACUGAACGAUGAGGAGGAACUGGAUGACCCAGGCCUCACUAGCAGCACAGCAGACAAACUGUGUGAUCUAUCUGCAGGUGUGAUUGAACGCUGGGAGCUGCUGCAAGCCCAGACCUACAGCAAUGAGAUGGACAUCAAGAAGGACCUGGAGCAGUGGCAGAAGCUCAACUCUGACCUUUGUGAUGUCACUUCCUGGUUGGGGAGGGUGCUGCCAGAGCUGGAGAGACUGCAGCAGCUUGUGCCAUCCACAAGCAUCCAGGAUAUGGAGAUCAACAUCAAGAAACUCAAGGAGAUGCAGAAGACUUUCAACAGCUACAAGUGUCUGAUGAUCUCCAUCAACCUGAGCAGCCGUCACUUCCGGCGGGGAGACAGUGCUGAGCUGCAGGAGCUUCAGGAAGGCGUGCGAUUGGCCAACCACAGCUGGACCCUGGCCUGUGCUGGGCUGGAGAGCUGGGAGAAACAGCUCCAUAGAGCUCUGAUGCAGUGCCAGGAGUUCCAUGGGACUCUGCACUCCAUGCUGUUGUGGUUGUCACAGGCUGAGAACAAACUCUUUGCUAUCAACGUCCACGACCUGUCGGCCUCACAGACCACCCUGCUGGGGCUCAGAGACACCCUCAUGGGUCUGGAUCAGGAACUGCGCGGCCGCCAGCGACAGGUGUCCUCACUACAAGAGAUAUCCUCCCAGCUGCUCCUGGAGGCCACCGGGGAGGACAGCGUGGAAGCAAAGGAGAAGGUUCACGUCAUCAGCAACAAGCUCUUGCUCCUGCUUAGACAGGUGGCCAGUGACCUGAACACGCUACAAGGAAGACUGGAAACAUGCCCAGUCAGCUCAGAGAUGGACAGUAUAGGCCUGGGAACACUGAGCUCCCCACUGUCGCUGCAGAAGGAAGGGGCUGGUCCUGAUGUAGCUGGAGUCAGGUUCCCAACCAAUAGAAGGCAGGAGAAGAGGGAUUCCUCCCCAGCCCGGCCCUUCCUCUACCGGGUUUUGCGUGCUGCCUUCCCCCUUCACCUCCUCUUCCUCAUCCUGCUGGUGCUAGCUUGCCUGGUCCCCUUGUCGGAAGAGGACUACAGCUGUAUGCUGUCCAAUAACUUUGCCCGCUCCUUCUACCCCAUGCUACGUUACACAAAUGGCCCUCCACCCACAUGAUGUGGUGACAGCAAGUCACAACAUUGAGGUUUGCUU